AUGGUCACUCCGGCUUGCUAUUCCCCCAGCGACGCUGGCAGGCGAUAUAGUCGUGCUUGUCCUCCAUACCCGAGCCCAUACUCGGAUAGACGCUAUCACCUCACUACACAAGACGCUCGAUCAUCAACUAUGACAGAUCGUGAAAUAGACUCCGAGUCAUCACAGCCUCGGAAGAGGAUCGCGGUAGCAUGCGGUCGAUGCCGCAAGCGCAAGAUCCGAUGUAGUGGCGACCCCGGGAACGGGCUCCCAUGUUCCAACUGCAAGAACGCAGGCCAUGAGCCGUGUCUCUUCUUACGGGUUUCUUCAACUGAAACUCACCUUAGGCAUGACAGCAACGACUUUGGGUACAACCUCGACGCGGCUAGGCCAUACAGCAACCAAUCGAGGGUAGCCGUAUCUCAUUUAAGCUCCGUCCCUCAGUAUCCCGCUACCAUAUCUGGCGAAGACGUUAUAGCGUCGUACCGCCAUAGUCAAUACCCGUACGCAAGCAAAUACCACUACUCCACCGUGCCGGGAUGGACGAGCACAUAUUCGGACGAAGGCGUGGAAUAUAGCGGCCUCAAUUACCCAUACCAUAUGAUAAGCCAAGAGCCUGCUCACAUGGUACAAGGAUACGGGCGGUACGGCUCAGCAAAACCUGUCUACGUCGACCCUGAAAGCCCUCCGUACUCCUUCGGAAGCUUGGCCCACCGCCCAGUCGCAAGCAGCGAGUCUCCUACUGGAUUUUCGCUGUCCGGAAUGGCCGCUUCCCUCCCUAACGCCCCCGACCGCGUAGUUCCGUCAGAUCGUCUUCUGCCUCAAGUUAAUCGAACUCUGACAAGUUCGUCAAGCUAUCGCGCGGACGGCAUCACAAGUUACUCCGGCUCGAAGACGUCCCCAAGUAGUUCGAUGUCUGAAGUUAGCUACGGCAACUUGAACCCUAGCUUCGAGUCUCAGUAUUCUGCUGCCCCUAAUACUCUCCCGUCGCAACGGUCGGGUAGCCAGAGUGAUACAACUCCCUACCAACCGAAUACGACUUCGGCGUCGGAUGCCUUAUACACGUCUAGUGAUCAGUCACUCCGAUCCACCGACGAUGCCAGCACAAGCUUCAGUUACAUCUACAGCGACAAGCUCGAAAGUUCUCGGCGCAAUUCGCAAUCGAGCUGCGGGGCAAGCGGCGGAUCUGUGCUCCCCAACGGCCAUGUUUAUGUCCCGGAUUCCCAUCAUACCCACGCCCCUCCUCCAUCCCAAGGGUAUGUCUCUUCGCAAGAUAGUGCAGUAGAUGGAGCUACCACGUCGUCUAGUCGAGGAGGUAGCAGCAGCAACGGCCCCUCGCAUAUGCAUAUGGACGGCCACCGACGAUCUGCGGGAAACCUCCGUGGGGGAUAAUAUCUAUCGCCCUAUGUUUAAGCGUGCCCGGUUGGC